ACCGAGUCGGGCUCUGCGCAGGGUCGCGAGGCGCGUCGAGAGAUCAUGAUGCAGCUUGACGCCGUCGCGCACGAGCUCGAGGCCGCUUCGACCGGCCGUCACGUCAUCGUUGUCUCGGCCGUCCGCCCGUCGAUCGCCAAGAACAAGGGCAAGUCGCAGAAGAAGGCCGCCAGGUCGCUCGUCAAGCGCCAGGGCGAGUUUGCCGACGACGUCGACGGCUCGUCGAGCGAGGAGACGUACAUCGAGGAGCUUCUCGAAGAGAUUGCUGCCGAGGACGCUGUCGAGUCGGGCGAGGCGGCACUCGGCGAGGACGCCGACGCCGACGUGCUCGCGCGCCCAGUCGUCGACGACGGCGAGCCGGUCGAGGUGACGCAGGCCGAGUACGCUGCCGCCGUCGACCCGUACACCGAGUGGGACGGCAGCAUCCUCGACGCCGUGCCGCUCAAGAAGGGCUCGUCCGACGACGGCGACGAUGGCGACGACGACGAGGGCUCGGGCAACGGCACGAGCAUCUUCCAGCCCAAGCCCAACAGCGGCCUCUUCCACCGCUACGUCUUCUUCACGCCUGCGCUCAUUCUCUCGGUCCUGAUCACGGUCAUCAUCCUGGUCCCGACUGUCCUCGUCGGCGCUUCGGCCCUGCUCGCGAUCGAGACGCCGCACGGCCUCGAGACCAAGAUGACGGGCUCGACCGGGCUCGACCCGAGCAAGGCGCAGUGAGCGGUCGUCUAUUCGAGAGCGGCGGGUCCAGCCGGCAGAGCAACGAGGAGGACGAGCGAGGUGUACGUAGUUCCGUGUGCGAGGAGGAGAGAAUACAGUUUUCCUUUCUCUCCC